AUGUCUUAUUCAACCGGCCUCCCGAGACUCUUCCCGGAUCUUCCAGCGUCGAUAAGACGACGAAUGCCUCGUCUCUACUCGUCGCUUCAAGGGACAGCGGAAUUGGCCGCCGCUCGGAGGACGACAAACGAUGAGUCUGCCUCGGGAUCCUUCCCAGACUCGGGGCCAGGUUACUAUAGAUCUGCUCUUGCCAGUGAAAUGGGCUCAGAAGACUCCCAGCGACCUGCAACGGCAGGGAGUAGUGUUGGCCCGGAGUCUUGUGACUCGAGUUUCUCCGCGAAGACGUCGGAGAUUUUCAGCCUAGACGACGGGAGGGAUAGCGAUACGACGGAGAGGAGUCCGGUAGUAUCGACGUAUGAGGUUGAGUCUGGGCUACGCUGGAACCGAGUUACUCCUGGAGUGUCUGCAGCGUUGAAUCUCCUCCGCAAUGCAGGUUACGAGGCGCAACAACCUAAUUGCGACGGGCGUCUCAUCCGAUCCCUGUACAUCAAUGCGGUCAGCUAUCUGCUCGACGCUCUGCCUAGUGACCUCACAUACGAGGAAACCGCCACAAUCCAACACAGCCUGCCAGUAAGCAUCAAGGCAACGCUUGCGACACCAGCCUCUGCGCAAUCGGCCGGCACUCCUGCUCCCUUGGCGCAUUCCCGCGGAGGAUCGCGACAGCUUCCCGAGCGGUCAUAUUUGCACCGUCUACUGGCAUCGAGCAUCGUUCAAUUCUUUCUCCUCGUGCAGUUUCUGAUGCCCUAUGUCAAGAUUCUGCUGCAGCAGGUGUAUCAGUACGAAAGAUCGCAUCGGCUCACCGAGCGUGUCGUGGCUGCGACGCUCGAUGCUGCGGACAGCUUUGGCAAGGGGAGUCUUAGCCUCGGGUCGACCGUGCUGAGUCUGAAUGAUGGGAGAUUCGGGACAGCCGUCACAGAUUUGGCGGCUUGGUGGGUAGAGGGUGUUGCUGGGGGCAUCUAUGAGGGAGUCGGGGAAGGGAUGAUGAUUCUGGGGCUGAUUCGGCCUCAAUCCGACUUACAGAGAAUACCUGUGCAGAUGCAGGCGCGAUGA